UGGAUUCUUUGCUACAUUCCUUCUCUCAGACUUCCAUUUUUCUUUGCUCUUAAACUCAAUAACCAUACUUGGAAACCAGAUUUUGCUGAAGAAAUUUCUUUCACAAUGACGGCUGGUGAAAACUCUGUUCAGAUCAAGAAGUCUGUUCCUGAUCUUGCUCCUUUAGAAGCAGUAUUAUUUGAUGUUGAUGGAACUUUAUGUGAUUCUGAUCCUCUUCAUUAUCAGGUCUUUCGUGAAAUGCUCCCACAGAUUGGUUUCAAUAAUGGAGUUCCAACCGAUGAAGAAUACUUUAUCAAAAAUAUUGCUGGGAAGCACAAUCCUGAUAUUGCUGUUCUUCUCUACCCUGAUGAUAUACCAAGGGGGAUAAAGUUCAUGGAAGAUAAGGAAGCCAUGUUUCGUAGGUUGGCCUCAGAAAAAUUACCACCAAUAAAGGGUCUAUACAAAUUAACGAAAUGGAUCGAUGAUCGUGGGUUAAAACGAGCAGCUGUUACUAAUGCUCCAAAACCGAAUGCUGAACUCAUGAUCUCAAAACUCGGCCUCAAAGAUUUUUUCAAUGUUGUUAUUUUAGGAAGUGAUUGCGAGCGCGCCAAACCGUAUCCAGACCCUUACUUGAAGGCACUUGAAGUGCUGAAGGUGUCAAAGGAUCACACAUUUGUUUGUGAGGACUCCGUAUCUGGGAUAAAAGCAGGAGUUGCUGCAGGGAUGCCUGUUGUGGGGCUAACUACCAGAAACCCUGAAAGUGUACUUAUGGAAGCUAAUCCAACUAUUCUCAUAAAAGAUUAUGAAGACCCAAAGUUAUGGGAGGCACUGGAGGAGCUUGAUAAGAGAAUAGGCUCUUCUAAAACAUCAGCUUGAACUCUAAUGCUAUGUAGGAGAUGAUCUGACAGUUUGUGUAUUCAUGCCAUAUUUUAUGUGUCGUAUCCAAAUGUACCCACAAGAUAAUCAUCAGUCAAUGACGAGAUUAAUUAUUUCCAUUUA